CGCUGAUUCGCCAGUGCUGAGGCCUCGUCCGUCUCGCGGUACUUGUGCUAGCCAGCGGGCGCGAACCGCUGCCUGUUUCUGGCCGGCCGUCGUUUGUCUCCCUGUUGCGGGCUUCUGUCUGAUUCCCGGGACCUCCGGGCCCAGCAGAAUGACGUCUGCCUUGGAGAACUACAUCAACCGAACUGUUGCUGUUAUUACUUCUGAUGGGAGAAUGAUUGUGGGAACGCUAAAGGGCUUUGACCAGACCAUUAACUUGAUUUUGGAUGAAAGCCAUGAGCGGGUGUUCAGCUCUUCACAGGGAGUAGAACAAGUAGUGUUAGGGUUGUACAUCGUGAGAGGUGAUAAUGUAGCCGUCAUCGGGGAAAUUGAUGAAGAGACAGAUUCUGCACUUGACUUGGGAAACAUCCGAGCAGAACCUCUGAACUCCGUAGCACACUGAAGACUCCAUGUGUAGUUAUAUGUCUGUAAAUCUGUACAGAAGCUGCUUAUUCCGAAGAUGAUGUUUAGAUUUUUGUAUGAGUGUGUAAUUGUGGGUUUUGACUUUAUGUUGGUACACUGUAAUAUGUAAAUUUAAAUAUUUCUACAUUUUUAUUGGGAAACAUUGCUUAAAAACAAAUGUAGUUGUCUGGUUUAUUUUUCUACUAAAUGAUAUAAAAAUCUAAGGAUCAUUUUGAAAGCUUAGAAAAUACUCUUACUUUUAAUAAUUUAAUAUUUAUGGGAAAUUGGCUAUUAUUGUAACUUAUACAUGCAAGUAAUAGUAAUAAAGGAGAAAUUUCCUUUGUUUUUUUUAGAAAGUUACCAGUCAGAAAGUUGCCCUCUACAGGUAUCUGAGUCGUAGACGUUCAUCGCUCUGCACUACAGCUCUCCAGCAUUGAAAAAUUGUUCUUUAGGUCUAAGACAUAUGAACAAAAAUUUUGGUUGAGUAAUAAAAAAUUGUGCAAACUUAGGUUGCAACAAAAGUUAAUAGGAAAGUAGGAGUAACCAAGAGGAUGUGGCUAAAUCUUUCGAUGUCCAGUAAAGUUUAAAAUUUUGUAGCUGAAAACAGAUUCUAUGUACCUAAAUAACAUUGUAUUAUUGAAUUUUUAAAAUAUAAUGGGUAAUAUCUGCUGUUAAAUGUGUUUAGUUUGGGUCAUUAGAUGUCUCUCGAUGCUUUUUCUAUGAAGCUACUUUCGUAAACCUGACUUUCCCAAAAAAAAAUUCAUAGAAGUAGUGUAAGUCGUAUUUAAAUAUUUUAAGCAUUCACAGAACUCUUCAAUCUAAUGUGUGGGCCAAAAUGGCCAUCUCAGUGAUAGAGUAGAAAAAUGUAGACAUCCUUGUAAUUAAAAUAAAACCUUUUUUUAAGUCAAAGUGCAAAUUCUGUAAAGAUCUAAAUAAUAAAAACCAAAACAAAACGAAACAAAUAAUUGAGCUUUAAAGGCCAUGUGAUCUCCAUAAUGCCUGCCUCCCAGGUUACAACAUAAGCAGCCAUAGAUAAUUCAAAAGUGCAGUCUUGGCUGUCUUCCCAAUAGAACUUCAUUUACAAAGCAGGCUGGCUCUAUUCAGUCUAAAUUCCAUAAUGUUAUGACUUAGCUUAAAAUAAGUUUGGAAGGAAAGGGUGAUGGACAGCUUACACUCUGAGUAGUGUCUGGAAAAGGCUGUCUUCAGUUUACGUCUGAGUUGCUUAACCCUUUAGUAUUCAGCUCUCCAGUGUAGUCAUUUUGGCUAAGACAAAAUAAGCCUUGUGAAGAAAGGGAGGAACAAAUGUAAAUAUGCAGGUGCAGGCUAUGCAUGAUAGCGCUCUGCAACCUGCGACCAGUAAUAAAAUGACUGUAAUCUGAGAUGGGUAAAGUGAGAGUUUAGGGACCAUGAGCCAGAAACACUGUUUUGAAUACAUGGUACUUUAUAUUUCUAAACCAAUUCCAAAAAUUAAACCAGAUCAAAGUUUUGUCUGAAGAGUAUAAA